UAUUUCUUGAUAGAGGAACAACAGAGUCAGCAUGUCGCCACUGGGUCUUUUCAUACUUCUUCUUCAGGGUGCAUAUCUGGUCCAUUCCUUUACAAACCUAUGCCCUCCCGUUGAAGAUUUGCAACCGUGUUAUUGCGUGAGCGAUGGAAAAGCCAUUCGAGUGGACUGCAUGCAAGUAACAUCCGUGGAAGAAGUCAGAACAGCUCUCCAAAGCGUAAAGGGUAUAAAGAGAGUAUUCAUAGAUUUCCUACGGGCUCGCCUCGACAAAAUACCUUCCGAUUUGUUUAAAGGUCUUCAUGUUACGAAACUAUCUUUCACUAACUGUGAGCUGAAGGCUUUUGGCGAUGAAGGUAGAUCUGCCUUGGAAGGUUUGGAGGAUAUCAUAGAGGAACUCUCGAUUCACUUCAGCUUUUCGGAAGAAAAUGAACUUAAGUAUUUGAAUGUUUCUCAACUGAGAGCUCUCGAAGAUCUGGAAAUCGAAGGAAAUGGUCUUACAAAGAUGGGCAACGAAUUUUUUAAAGACGGUCCAGAAAAUGUGAAGAAUCUUUACAUCAUGACCAAUUUUAUCGAGGAGCUCGGGGAUAAGGCAUUCGCAUCUUUGUACAAUUUAAAAAACCUUUGGCUGACAGGCAAUCGUUUUAAGACUGUGCAUAGAAGUAUGUUUCCUACACCAGCACUAUAUCUGGCGUCACUAGAUCUCACAAAUAAUCAAAUUUCAACUCUUCCUGAGGACAUGUUUUCCAGAAUGCCGGCAUUGAAAGAAGUAGUUCUAGCAGAAAAUUCCAUUCAAAGGCUUGCGGAAGCCACUUGGUUGCCUGUGUGGCGACAAAUUACUCGACUCUACCUUGAAAAAAACCCACUGGAAUGUGAUUCACAUAUUGACUGGAUGCUGAAAAUUCCUCGUCCAUACGUACUCAAGGGUAAAUGUGUUACUCCAGAGAAGAGGAAAGACAAAGAUCUGAAACGUCUCAUCGAUGACAGUUUGCUUGAUAGAAGUGACGAGGGAUUCUAAAAUGCGUUCCCGAUUGCCGAAGAAAUAAAAUUUUUUGUAGAAUUCCUUUUUAAUAUGCUCGUAUAAUAAAUAUAAUUUAUGAAACCGCA